ACUAUAUCCGGAUAGAUCUGCCUGUCCGGAAGAGGUUGCGUCUCUCUGGAGAGAGCAGACCUUUUGUUGUUUAUUUCUCGCCUCCUGGCUUUCCUCCUCGGUUGGUUGUUUCCCCUUCUUCCUUGGAUCCGAGACCUGGAGUUUCUAUUUCCUUUCCUAUUCCGAAAGUAGAAAGAUGUCCAAGAGAGAGGGAGAAGAGGAAGGAGGAAAGAAAAUGAGUUCCGAGGCAAACUGCUGAGUCAAAAGUGGACCCGCGGAGAAAAGAUCAGCAGUUGCGAGACAGCAAAAAGCCUCCACAGCAGGCACAUCAAGAUGAGUUUAGAGAAUGACGACAAGCGAGCACGCACGCGAUCAAAGGCAAUCAGAGUACCUACAGAACUCAUCGGUCAGGAGGUGAGCUGCCCUACUCCAGGAUGCAACGGAUCAGGACACAUCCGGGGAAAGUACGCAAGACACAGGAGUUUACAAAGUUGCCCACUUGCAAAGAAGAGGAAGCUUGAACAUGCAGACGCAGACCAUCCAGCAUCCAAAAGGAAAUCCCACCCCCUUAAACUAGCCCUGGAUGAAGGCUACAAUGUGGACAGUGAUGGAAGUGAUGAGGCUGGGGUGAAAGAGGACUCUGUGACGGAUGAUUCGGAAGGCACCCUGGAAGAGGAAGAGGCUGAGACGAUAGACCAAGAGGAGGCCUUCAACAGCCCUCUGCCACAAGAAGACAAAGCAGAAGAAGACAAUCUGGCAGCCAAGGAAGAGAGAUCUGAAAGUGAAGGGCAAGUCUCCAGCGUUAGCGAAAAGGUCGAUUCGCUUCAUGAAGGGGCAACAGAGGAGGAAGAAGAAGAGGAGGAGGAAGAGGAAGAGGAAGAAGCAGGGGAGGAGGAAUGUGAGAAGGAGAUAAUCAUCCAGACGGAAGAUGCCGAGGAAGUCAUUGAGCUGACCAGUGAACGGAGCAGUGAUUUGUGCCUGGAACAUCGAGACGGUGAGGUGAGCUGUGAGGAAUCAUUAAAACUGCAAAAAGAAGAGGAGGAGGAAGAAGACGAAGAAGAUGAAGAUGAAGAGGAGGAGGAAGAGGAGGAGGAAGAGGAGCACGAAGAGGAGCAUGAAGAGGAGGAGGAAGAGGAGGAGGAGGAAGAUUAUGAAGAUGAGGAGGAGGAGGAAGAGGAGGAGGAAAGUGCAACUGAAAUGGUCUCUGAAGAAGUUCCUCAUACAUCUCAGGACUCCCCCAAAACACACUGUGAAGGACCGACUGUCAGUCCCAAGCCGGAGUAUUCUGUAAUUGUGGAAGUGAGGUCAGACGAUGACAAGGAUGAUGAUUCUCAUUCCCAGAAAUCCACUGUGACGGAUGAAUCGGAAAUGUACGACAUGAUGACCCGGGGGAAUCUGGGGCUUUUGGAACAGGCCAUUGCGCUGAAAGCGGAACAAGUGAAGAUGGUGAAGGAGCCUGGCCAGCAACUGAUGGGAGAGCAUGUGAAGCAUUACCAGGUUGAGGAGAAGCAGAACAAAGCCCUGGACUCCAUCAGGAAGAGCUACUACAGCAAAGAUCCAUCGAGACCAGAGAAGCGUGAGAUCAAAUGCCCAACUCCCGGCUGUGAUGGGACGGGUCAUGUGACAGGGCUUUACCCUCACCAUCGCAGUUUGUCCGGCUGUCCGCACAAAGACAGGAUCCCUCCAGAGAUCCUGGCCAUGCAUGAGAAUGUAUUAAAAUGUCCAACCCCUGGGUGCACCGGACAAGGCCAUGUGAACAGUAACCGCAAUACUCACCGAAGCUUAUCCGGGUGCCCUAUUGCAGCUGCUGAAAAGCUUGCCAAAUCCCACGAAAAGCAGCAACCCUUGACGGGUGACCCUUCAAAGAAUAACUCCAAUUCUGAUCGGAUACUCAGGCCGAUGUGCUUUGUGAAGCAACUGGAGGUGCCUCAGUAUGGGAGCUACCGGCCCCAUAUGGUUCCCACCACGCCAAGGGCCAACUUGGCCAAGGAGCUGGAGAAGUACUCCAAGGUCACCUUCGAUUAUGCAAGUUUUGAUGCUCAGGUUUUUGGCAAACGCAUGCUUGCCCCAAAGAUUCAGACUAGCGAAACCUCACCUAAAGCCUUUAAAUCCAAACCUUUUCCAAAGGCCUCUUCCCCUGGCCACAGUCCCUCCAGCAGUUACGUGAAGAGCACUUCAUCUUCAUCCACAGGCUUCGAUUACUCCCAUGAUGCCGAAGCUGCACAUAUGGCUGCCACUGCCAUUUUGAACCUCUCCACUCGCUGUUGGGAGAUGCCUGAGAAUCUCAGCACCAAGCAGCAAGAUCUGCCUAGCAAGUCAAUGGACAUUGAAGUGGAUGAAAAUGGGACUUUGGACUUGAGCAUGAACAAGCACCGCAAACGAGAGAGCGCCUUCCCCAGCAGCAGCAGCUGCAGCAGUAGCCCCAGCAUCAAAUCCCCAGAUGUGUCCCAACGCCAAAACAGCACCAGUGCCACAAGCAGCACCAUGACCUCACCCCAGUCCAGCCACACAUCCCGGCAGGACGAAUGGGACGGCCCCAUUGACUACACCAAACCAAACCGGCAGCGGGAAGAGGAGCCAGAAGAGUCGGAGCCUGCAAUGCGUUCCUUCGCCUCUUCCGAAGCAGAUGACCAGGAACUCCCUGAAGAAAAUUUUGAAGAAAGGAAGUAUCCUGGGGAAAUAACCUUAACCAACUUCAAGCUUAAAUUCCUUUCCAAGGAGAUCAAGAAAGAGCUGCUUACCACUCCACGUUAUCAGCAGAACUCUUCUCCAGCACCACAUCUCAAUUGCCCAACCCCAGGCUGUGAUGGCAGCGGACACAUCACGGGGAAUUAUGCUUCUCACCGCAGCCUUUCUGGUUGCCCUCUUGCUGACAAGAGCCUCAGAAAUCUCAUGGCUGCCCACUCUGCUGACCUCAAGUGCCCAACUCCUGGCUGUGAUGGCUCCGGUCAUAUAACAGGAAAUUAUGCAUCACAUAGGAGUCUAUCAGGCUGCCCUCGUGCCAAGAAAAGUGGAAUCAAGAUCACCCCCACAAAGGAUGACAAAGAGGAUCCAGAGCUGAUGAAGUGCCCUGUUCCUGGCUGUGUUGGGCUUGGACACAUCAGUGGUAAAUAUGCCUCCCAUCGCAGUGCCUCAGGGUGUCCCCUCGCAGCCCGGAGACAGAAAGAAGGGUCUCUCAAUGGCUCCUCCUUUUCGUGGAAGUCACUCAAGAAUGAGGGCCCAACCUGCCCAACCCCAGGUUGUGAUGGCUCAGGUCAUGCAAAUGGAAGUUUCCUCACCCACAGAAGCCUUUCAGGGUGUCCAAGAGCUACUUUUGCUGGGAAAAAAGGGAAAAUCUCAGGGGAUGAAAUUCUCAACACUAAAUUCAAGACCAGCGAUGUUCUAGAAAACGAUGAAGAGAUUAAGCAGUUAAACAAAGAAAUUAAUGAGCUGAAUGAAUCCAACACUGAGAUGGAAGCAGCAAUGGUGAAGCUGCAGUCACAGAUCUCAAGCAUGGAGAAGAACCUCAAGAACAUUGAGGAGGAGAACAAGAUCAUUGAGGAGCAGAACGAAGCCCUCUUCCUUGAGCUCUCAGGGCUGAGCCAGACUCUUAUCCAAAGUCUUGCCAAUAUCCGCCUUCCACACAUGGAGCCAAUCAGUGAGCAGAACUUUGAUGCAUAUGUCAACACCCUUACCGACAUGUACACAAACCAAGAGUGCUACCAGAAUCCUGAAAACAAGGACCUGCUGGAAAGUAUUAAACAGGCCAUUAAAGGAAUUCAGGUCUAAGUCCAGAGAAACAACAGAAAAGUGGGAAGAAAACCAGAAGAAAAAAGGGGGAAGGUAAAAAAAAUAGAAAUACAAAUUACUGGAAGAAUAUAGAGGACCUUCACUCUGCAUUUUCAGGUUUACAAGUGACAAAACUUGUCGAAUGAAUGAAUCAACGGACCAAACCGUAACCAAGAGGCCAUUCACAAACAGAACUGAACUCAAAAUGUUUUUGUUUACUUGGUGGCAUCCCUUUGGCCAGUGGCAGGGGCUUUCUUACAAAUUUUUGACCCGUUCUGCAAGAUAGCUGUUCAAAGUGGGGCUUGGAUGCAUAUGAGAAUCAAGGAUCUUCACCAGCCGAUAGGCACAAAGAAGGCUCCACGGUAGAAUUAGUCCAAGGUUUAAUGCAUUCGAGGUUUUCAUCUGUAAUACAACAGACUCCACAACGCUAUGUUGCCUCUGGUUGUGUCCUCAGAUAACACAUGCAUUAUGCGACUUGUAUUGUUCAUGUGAAGCUGGAGCUGCAGACUAUGUGUCCAUCUCGGCCUGGACAGGGAUUCUUACUCCAUCAAGGAUUCUGAUACUUACUGGACAUAAAAAACUCUUACAAGUAUUAUAGAGUAGCAUUAUUUUUUAUUUUCCAAAAGAGCAGCUCUGGAUCUCCAGUGGAAAGCGCAAUGGAAAAAAAAUAAUUACAAAAGGUUCUCAGGGAAGCUUUUUUGGAGUUUGCAACUACAGUAUUCCUUUGUCCGUCUUUGAAAAAAAAAUGAUAAUAGCUAUUAAUGAACAGACCAACAUUGGAACAUUUUGUAUGGAAGAAUUCUAAGUGUGUCAUGGUCCAGUGUACAUGAGUUUUGGAAAGUCCUUUUGCUGACUGUUCUGGUUCUGUUCGUCGUUGUGGUCAUCGUUGAGUAGCCGCAAAGCCUGGCAAGGCGUCAUUGCGCGAGACACAUUUAAAGUGUGAUUAGGAACAAAAAGGUGUCUAGGAAGGGCCGUUUGCUCUUCACUAUGGGCCUUUGGCUGAUACAUACAUGGUUUUGGGUUCUCAGCUUUCUUUUCUACGUUUUCGUUAACGUUUCACAAAACUGAGUGAUCAUCAUUCUACAAAAGGAACAGUUGGGUAUAGAUCUUCCAAAGAACCACUUGCUUUUAGUUUCGGUUGUUUGUAUGUAUGUUUUGUUAACCCUUCGGUAUAUGUAGUCCGCUGUGCACUUAAAGAACCACAGUGAAGUGAA